AUGGCGGCGUCUGCUUGGACGGUCAAAGAAGACCUGGAUCUUACUCUUGACAAUCUCACCCAUUAUGCCAUCAUAUAUAUCGAUCACGAUGGCAAUCUUAAGACCUCCGCAUCUCGGUCUAUCCAGCAACAAUGCGAAAAUGUAUUCAAUAUGGAAGCGCGCCAAAAUUUUCUCGAAAUUAUACGCCAACCUACUCUCCAGAUAGGUCAACAGAGAUUUAGCAGUGAUGGCUCUAGCACUUUGGGUAUACGGAUUGGGGAUACAGAAAGCGUUAUAAGUUACUAUACACGUAUCCUCAACUGUAUCCUAUACCGGAGUUGCAGCAGUGUUCUCAAGGUUCUUAUAACCGUGAUCGAGCCGCAAAAGUCUUUACAUCACCCUUAUAACGGUGGAGAAAAGGGAGACCCGGAAAUGACUAAGCCUGAUUGGUGGCCCUCACGUAUCAGUCAUACAUAUCCUAACCAUUUGAAGAAGCAAGACUGCAUCGAUCUAUUCCUUCACAUUCUCCGCAAGGCCGGUCUUACUGCCGAUGGCCUGGUAAAGAUUGCUACAGAUGCCAGGCUGAAAUUAAAGCGCAUGAGAGACUUGAAUCUUAUCCUCGAGCUCUUGUGGGUCCGAAAUGUGGAGGAACAGUUUGAGCGAUGUGUAGUCCAUGCUGAUGACAUCAUCUACGUUACUUCAUGUUCCGUUCACAGCACCUUCACAGAGUCCACCUAUGAAGCCUUAGGCCGCUAUGGCGAAAGGACCGAUUCAAGCUCCAAUUCUUUAAACCAAAGGCCGCAAUGGUACCACCCAUGGGUGGGGUAUUUGUCGCCUUUUUAA